AUGGUUAAUUUUGAUGAUUUCCUCAAAAUUGGGGGGAGAAGUUUAUUAGUGUUGGUUCUUCUUUACGCUACUGUUUGGACGGCAUUAAGCAUCAAGAAGUAUGUUUACUCCAAGAAGCAUGGAUGUGAAGAUCCCAAGGUCUUGCAACAUACUGGUAUGUUCUCCGUGCCGUUCAUCCUUAAAUUGGUGAAAUCCAAGAACCAAGGCUAUCUUGUUGAUUUCAUCUACGAAAUUUUCGAAGCUCUUGGAUGUGAGACCUUCCUUCUCACCUUGUUCGGUGUCCCCAUUGUUUGUACUGAUGAUCCCGAAAACAUCAAGGCUGUGUUGGCCACCCAAUUCAACGACUUUGCCCUUGGAACUCGUCAUGCCCACUUUGAUCCAUUGUUGGGUGAUGGGAUUUUCACUUUAGAUGGCGCUGGAUGGAAGCAUUCGAGACAAAUGUUGAGACCCCAAUUCGCCAGAGAACAAGUCGCCCACGUUCGCUCGCUCGAGCCUCACAUUCAAGUGUUUGCUAGACACGUUCGGAACCAACAAGGCAAGACUUUCGAUAUUCAAGAAUUGUUCUUCAGACUCACUAUGGACACUGCUACUGAAUUUUUGUUUGGCGACUCGGUAAACACUCUUUAUGAUCUGACCAUUGGUGAAAAGCCAAAAGUUGACUUUGAUGGCCGGGAUGAAUUUGCUGAAGCUUUCAACCUUGCGCAAAUGUACUUGGCGUCUAGAUCGUACACUCAAAUGUUUUACUUCUUUGUCAACAAUGCUGAAUUCCGUCAAUGUGUUGAAGCUGUACACCGUUUCACCAAAUACUACGUGAAAAAGGCACUCGAGGCUACUCCAGAAGAACUCGAAGAAAAGCUGAAGGGUGGCUACACAUUCCUUUACGAAUUGGCCAAGAAAACUCGUGACCCUAAAGUUAUCCAGGAUCAGCUUUUGAACAUCAUGGUCGCCGGGCGUGACACAACUGCAGGUCUUUUGAGUUUCACUUUCUUUGAACUUGGGCGCAAUAAGCAGGUUUUGGAAAAGCUCAAGGAAGAAAUCUACACCCACUUCGGCAAAGGUGACAAUGUUGAUUUGCAAGAAAUUACUUUUGAAUCUUUGAAGAAGUGCGAGUACUUGAAGUGGGUAUUAAAUGAGGUUUUGCGUCUUUACCCCAGUGUGCCUGUGAAUUUCAGAGUCGCUCAAAAAGACACCACCUUACCCACUGGUGGUGGUAAGAAUGGUGACAAGCCUGUGUACGUUGGUAAAGGUACUACCGUCGCCUACUCUGUAUACUGUACUCACCGUUUAGAAGAGUACUACGGGAAGGACUCUCUUGAAUUUCGCCCUGAAAGAUGGGCUGACAACAACAAGCUCGGAUGGGCCUACGUCCCUUUCAACGGUGGGCCUCGUAUCUGUUUGGGUCAACAGUUCGCCCUCACUGAGGCGUCUUAUGUCAUCGUUCGUUUGUUGCAAAUGUUCGAACACGUUGAUUUGACGGAUACUAGACCAUACCCGCCGAGGAAGUCUGUGCAAUUGACUAUGUGCCAUCAAGAUGGUGUCUAUGUCCAAAUGUGGUGA